UAUAUUAAUGGCAGAAUACGUCACGAGAAUUCCUCCAAACUAAUUCAUUCAUGUUUUGGAUUAAAAUACAAACACAGCAAGGUAAUGAUAUUCCAAGAAAAAUUUUAGGCUUGAAGUUGGCCCACAUACUUUCAUUCGAAAGGAGCAUGAAAGUAUUAUAGAAGGUCCAAGCAAAAUGAUUAGUUUACCACCUAAGACUUAUUGCAAGAUUUAGAAUCCAAUCCUAAGAGAUAAUAAAAAUUCGCCAGUCAAGAAUGCUUAUGGAGAAGUUGAAAUUUAAAGGGGGGAAAUAGAGUUCAGAACAGCUGAUGAUUAUCCAGACCCUUUUCCUUUGUUCCCUGGUAAUGUUUAAACAUAACAACAAUUUAGGGGAAAAAUUGGAAGGCAAAGUAGAAACAUUACUUAUUGUCUAACAGAAUACAGCAUUGAGGUUAGUUGCCAUCAGGGAUUUCGUUGCAGAUGGAAAAUAGAAAUAGGCUGGAGAAGAAUGGUAUUUUUUUCAUUUAAACAUAAUUUAGGCAACGCAACGGACCAUUUACUUACUAUCCAAGAGCAGAAGAGUAGAUAGUCGAAAUUGUAAAGGCAGAGGUCAUUAAGCCAAAUUAGGCUUUAAAACUAAAGGCAACAUAAACAUUUAUUGAUAAAAAUGGCAAGGAAAGAAGAGCAGGGUAAUUAGAGAUUUUAUCUUUAUAUUAGAUAAGAAUGGCUCAUCAGAACGACAGGUUCUUAUUUGCCAGACACAUUCGAAAGAGUAUCUGAAGUAGUAAGAGGAGUAGUACUUACAGACAAAGUGUGCGUUCAUCUAAGAGCACUUAAUGAGUUCACUGAUGUUUAUGGUAUAUAGAGAAAACCUGGAAAUGAGUGGAUUGUCACUAAUAAGUAAGCAUAAGUUCAUAUCACGGAUGUCUAUGAAUAACUAGUUGCUGUUGAAUAAGCUAUUACUCUUGGAUCAAGAAAUUAUUGUAUUAUUCUUAAUCCUUAUAAUCCAAAACUCUAAUAAAAUGAUUGGGGAAUUCAAGUGUUGAUCAAAGGAGAGACAACUUUCUUUUUACAACCAGGAGAAGAAUUAUUAGGGGGCAAAAUCGAGGAUGUAUGGAAUUUUACUAAAAUAAGAUUGUUAUAUUAGGCGAAGAAGAAGCUCUUUUGGUUUAGGCCAUUUACGACCAUUCCGAAGAUGACGGACAAUUCAGAAAAGCUGGUUAGAGAUGGAUCAUUAGAGGCCCUAGAGAAUACAUUCCAGGAGUUAAAAUCAAGGUGAUAGAAAAGAGAAGAGCCAUUCCUUUGGAUGCAAACGAAGGUAUCUAUGUCAGAGACAAUCGUACUGGAGAAGUCAAAGAGUAAUAUUCUUCAUUUCAUUUCUAGAAUCAAAGGAAAAACCUAUCUUUUGGAAGCACAUGAAUCCUUAUGGGAGAAGCACUUACCUGAAAAUGUUGAAAUUCUCGUUUAAAGAGCUUCAACUGGAUAACCAUACGUUCCUCCGUCAGUGUAAGCAUCUGGAAAAAUCGCUUAUAAUUUUGAAUCAGAAUAACUCAAGCCAAGGGACAAAACCAAAAUCAUUUCAUUCAAAGCACCCCACAAUUCUGCCAUCCAAUUAUAUGACUACAAACUCAAGAAGUCAAGAGUAGUUUUUGGACCAGAUCUUGUGAUGCUUGGACCUGAUGAAUAAUUUACAGUCAUUAAAUUAUCAGGUGGAAAGCCUAAGGCUGAAAACCUCAUCCAAACCUUAACUUUAAGUUUAGGCCCCGAUUUUAUGACUGAUUAAUUGAUUGUAGAGACAAGCGACCAUGCAAAAUUAAAACUAACUCUCAGUUAUAAUUGGCAUUUUAAAGUAAAUAAGGAUGAUCCUAAUGAUGCUUAAAAAUUAUUUGGAGUUAAAGAUUUUGUUGGCGAUGCUUGUAAAUCAAUUGCUUCUAGAGUAAGAGGAGCAGUUUCUUCUAUUACAUUUGAGGAUUUUCAUAACAACUCUAGCGUCAAAAUUAGGGAAGCUGUUUUUGGAAAGGAAGGAAAUGAAAUUAGAACAUCAUACACCUUUGAAGCCAACAAUUUAGUCAUUACAUCUGUGGAUAUUUAAGGCUAAGAGAUCACAGAUGAAGCAACUAGAAGGUAAUUGAGUCAGAGUAUCAAUUUGGCAAUAGAAAUCAGUUCAAAGAGUUAAGAAAUGCAAUCUAGACAUUAAGCUUCAAAGUUAGAAUAAGAAGCUAAAGGGCAAUUAGGGAGAUAAAAACUCCUUGAUUAAGCUAAGGCAGAAGAAACAAAAAUCGAGUUAUUAAAACAAUAAGCAUAGAGUGCCAAAGUUAGAGCAGAAGGAGAGGCUGUAGCUAGAGCAAUAGCUGAAACUAUGGAAAAGAAGAUCAAAGCCGAAGCAGAAGUCAACUAAGCUGAGCUAAGAUCUAAAGCUUUGUAAAUUGAAUAAGAAGCUUUGUUAGAACAACAAAGAUAAGAAUAAGAGGCAGAGUUAAAUUAUCAGAGAGUAAUAAUAUUAAAUGUUAUGUUUAGUAACUUAUUGAAUUGGAAAUCAAAAAAGCAAAAGAAUUAUCCGAUAUUGAGAUAAAGAAAUUCAAGCAAUAAAUCUAAGCUAUUGGAAAAGAAACUAUAAUAGCUAUGGCUAAAGCUGGACCAGAAACUAAAGCUAAAUUAUUAGGAGGGUUAGGACUUAAAGGAUUCUUGGUUACAGAUGGCAAAAAUCCUAUUAACCUAUUUAAUACAGCCAACGGAUUUAUUGGGGAAAAUCUAAAAUGA